CUAACAGACCCGUAAUGAGAUUCUCCUGUAGUUUCCGCACUGUCACAGUGAUCUACUGCCUGCUGCUCCCUGCCAGUACCUGCACACAGUGUCCACCUGCACAGGAGGGGAGACCUUACACCUUGACAUGCCACACAGACCUCACGGGCGGCGGCAUCCUGUGGGUUUUAAGCGAUGGCCGCGAGGUGCCCCCAUGUGACCACACCCAGAGUGGCGCGUGCCGAGUCAACCACGGCAGGUUUGGUUUGACUUUCACGCGCACACACAGUAAUCUGACCCUGGCCAAUGUUGGAGCAAUAGACAGGAACACGGAAAUCAAAUGUGUCAAAGUUCAAGGUGACAAGCGACGUCAGGAUUUGCUCGUGUGCCGGAUGCGUGUUUUCUUUAAACCGGAAUCAGCAGACUACAAUGUCGUCAUCACCGGAAACGACAGCUUACGUCUGACGUACACGACUGGAAAAAUCUACCCGGGGUUGACGUGUAACGUCACGCAGUACGAGAUGACGUCAGGUUCAACGCGAGUCAUCGACAGCGGGUUUGUCUACAACGACACGAUGGAUGAAAGUAGUCCCGGUUACUUCAUGUCUUCAUGCGCGAUCGACAUAGUCAACCUUCGACGCGGUGUUUACUUAUUUUUUGCUGUUGUCGUUCCGAAACUCGAUAUGUACGUGAGAAACGCAUCUUUCCCAGUUCGACAAACUAAUGCUUUAAGUAUCCCGGCAUUUUUUGAAAACACACAAACCAAAAAACUUAAUACCACAACGGAUGUUGAACAGGCUAAGAGAUUCUAUACUGCUAGCACUACAGAAAACACACAACCUACGGCCACGUGGCCCACAUUCUAUAGAACAACAAAGAUACAAACUUGCGCUGGUUUAAACAACUCAGUAGUGUAUAUCAGUGAAGCUGAUGGGUUCGAAUCCCAUUUGGAUUAUACAAAAUAUUUACUAUCGCGUGGUGUGCUUGAUGUAAACGAUACGCCAAGCUGUAAAUUCAUUAACACGGAUCGACCAAUCAAAAAUAUAGUUAUGUGUAGGAAUCAAUUACUAGAAAAUAAAACAUCUCGCGUUUCGGAGCUAAAAAUAGAAACUUCAGCCUUAGCUGUUGGCUCUUUACAAUUCUACAUUAACGACUUUAAACUGCAGUCCACAGUUCAGGUCAAACCAUCUAUUCAAGACUUUUCCUGCCGCGCAGACGCCAGUAAAGGGUUGAUUACCAGGUCAAAGGUCAGGUGUUUGAAGGAAGAAAAGGUCGUGCUAGAUCUAACCGCUUCCGGUCAUCAAGUACAGUUUCGUAUCCAUGGCAACAAGACAUUCAACGGCUCCCGUUGCCAGUGUUCGGCUGUCCACAAGUUCGGCUGCUGGGUUCGCGAGGCCAGCAUCAUCGUAUUUCUGAGACCCGACGACAGCAGACAACUGUCACAUAGAUCAGACACCAGACCCGCGGCCGUGACUGUGUAUGUGAUUGUUGCUGCCGUUGGCGUCGUCGCGGUGGUGGCGGUGGCUGUAUUGGUGUGUUUUAGCUACAAGGACGGAUGCUGUCGGCGGGACGACGGUCGCCUAGCAACAGCCAAUGACGAGCAGGCUGACAGACGGCUGAUACACAGACCGGAAGCCGUGUCGCCGUACGCGUGCACGCAGAUCGUACUUGAUGGCGCACAGAGCAAAUAGAAUGGAUCGACUUCUUCGGCCUAAGUCUAUGAAUGGAAUCGUGGUCAACAUCCAGCCUUUGGAUUACCUAGGUUUUCACCGAGCCCAAAGCUCUAAUCCCAUUCUACGAAAAACACGUUUUUAAAAACAUCACACUAGCGCUUUAGCACAUUUAGACCAGCUGGAGGGGGAGGGGAGUGGGAGGACCACCAAAACAUUCGCCGAAGGGGAAAUAACUAACACUCUUUAAUAUAGUUCUGUGUAAUAUUUUAUUAUUUCUUUUUAAUCGUGUUUUAUUAAAGAAUAUACUUUUACUCGGUUGUGUAAAAUUACUGUGUGCUAUUAAUUUAUAAAACAUAUUUUGUUUUUAUUAAAAGGUAAACAUUG